AUGAAGCACUUUGACGAAGAAAAGACUCAAAAUAAAUUUUUUAAUUUUAGUUUUCCUGGCAUAUAUCAAUACGACCGAAGAAAGUAUUAUAAGUUUCCUGUUUUAAAAAUAGAUAAUUUUAAUUUUGAAAGUUAUCCACUUCAUGAUAUUGAACAACCUGAUGAUAAAAUAAAGAUUGCACAAUAUGAUAUUGUAUCAGACAAAACUGAUGCAAAAUUUGAAGAAGAAGAUGAAUAUAAUAUGGAAAGUGUUGAUACAAAUUUCUAUGUUCGAGAUAUAAAUGAAAAAUAUUUGGAAUUUAAGCAAAAGUUACAAAAUCAUAAGGAUAGUCUAAGUUUAGAAGACUCUGAAGAAUACAGCGAUAAUGAUAAAAAACCUUUUAUUUUAUCAUUACCUGAUUCAACAAAUACCGACCAAAAUGAUUAUUCUUCACCGGGAAUAACUAUGAGAGAUAUUGAAUUUUUUCAAAAUUACUAUAGUGGUCAUUCAGCACAAUUGAGAACUAAUGCCGUUUUUCCUGGGACAAUAUGGUGUGGGCCAGGUAAUAAAGCGCCAAGUGAUAAUACUUUUGGAAUUUUUUUCAGAACUGAUUUAUGUUGCCGUGAUCAUGAUCGUUGUUUUGAUAUAAUACCACCACGAACACGAAAAUAUGGACUUUAUAACGAUGGAAUGUUCACAAAAUCGCACUGUGAUUGUGAUUUAGAUUUUUAUGUUUGUUUAAAAAAUGUAAAUAGCUUUGUUUCUAAUAAAGUUGGUUUUGCAUAUUUUAAUGUUUAUAGACCAAAAUGUUUUCGAAAAGAAUAUCCAGUUAUAAGAUGCGUUCAAUGGUUUAAUAAUCGUUGCCAGCUAUAUUUGCUUGAUGAGUCUAGAGAGGAUCGUUAUCAAUGGUUUGACAACAGACAUUUUUAAAUAACAUUAAAGAAUAAAAAAAUAUUGUAUAUGUAUAUUAUUUAGAAAUGUUAAAAUUAAUAAAGUACAAAAAACAAGUA